CGCUUACACACCAAGGACGUUGGGCUUGGAGGAGAACUCCAUCCCACUGUCACUGAGGAGAAUACUUCCCCAUCUUAUUUCUGUCUCCCAGUUUUUUAGAAUUUUCCCUCUCUGUACUCCAGAGGAUUAUGCUUCUUAGGAAGUCUUCUGUGUGCAUCUUUCUUUUCACCUGUGUCCUCCAACUCAGCCACACCUGGUCAGUGAACAAUUUCCUGAUGACUGGUCCAAAGGCUUACCUCAUCUAUUCCAGCAGCGUGGCAGCGGGUGCCCAGAGUGGUAUUGAAGAAUGCAAAUACCAGUUUGCCUGGGACCGCUGGAACUGCCCUGAGAGAGCCCUGCAGCUGUCCAGCCAUGGCGGCCUUCGCAGUGCUAAUCGGGAGACAGCAUUUGUACAUGCCAUCAGUUCUGCUGGAGUCAUGUACACCCUGACUAGAAACUGUAGCCUUGGAGAUUUUGAUAACUGUGGCUGUGAUGACUCCCGCAAUGGGCAACUGGGGGGCCAAGGCUGGCUGUGGGGAGGCUGCAGUGACAACGUGGGCUUCGGAGAGGCGAUUUCCAAGCAGUUCGUUGAUGCCCUCGAGACAGGACAGGAUGCCCGGGCAGCCAUGAACCUGCACAACAACGAGGCCGGCCGCAAGGCGGUGAAGGGCACCAUGAAACGCACGUGCAAGUGCCACGGCGUGUCUGGCAGCUGCACCACGCAGACCUGCUGGCUGCAGCUGCCCGAGUUCCGCGAGGUGGGCGCGCACCUGAAGGAGAAGUACCACGCAGCGCUCAAGGUGGACCUGCUGCAGGGGGCUGGCAACAGCGCGGCCGGCCGCGGCGCCAUCGCCGACACCUUCCGCUCCAUCUCCACCCGGGAGCUGGUGCACCUGGAGGACUCCCCAGACUACUGCCUGGAGAACAAAACGCUGGGGCUGCUAGGCACCGAAGGCCGAGAGUGCCUGCGCCGCGGAAGGGCCCUGGGCCGCUGGGAGCGCCGCAGCUGCCGCCGGCUCUGCGGGGACUGCGGGCUGGCGGUGGAGGAGCGUCGCGCCGAGACCGUGUCCAGCUGCAACUGCAAGUUCCACUGGUGCUGCGCUGUCCGCUGCGAGCAGUGCCGCCGGCGGGUCACCAAGUACUUCUGUAGCCGCGCGGAGCGGCCGCGGGGAGGCACUGCGCACAAACCCGGGAGAAAACCUUAAGGGUCUCCUCUCACGCCUCCUUUUCCCGUUUGUCCUUGGCUUCUUUUAGAGACCCCAGUAACAGAGGAACCUAGGGAAUGGGGAUCCUGCACUCUCCAGCCUAGAGAUCCUUAGAGGGAGAGACUCUGCAGUCUCUCCGGAGGUUGCCACUUUCCAACCUGUUUCCCCAAUUCCUCUGCGCUCUCUUAGAGCUUCACAGCCCGCACUUAGGUCUGAGAACUCUCCGUUCCAAGGUUCUGAGCUAUUGAUCUUCCUUGGACUAGUAUGAGAAUAGGAGUUCCUCCUCCCCUUUCCUAGCUGCUCUAACGCUUGACCUAGCCUAUCAAGCUUUAGGAACCGGAAGUACCCUUCUCAGACAUGCAGGGCCCAGGCAAAGCCAUGGCUGUUCUCUUUUGCCCAUUGUCUGCUACCAGGUCUCAACCGCAGCUGCAUGUCCCUUCUGCAGAGCCUCCCACGCUUCUGAUUCCCUGCUAAUUGUUGACAUAGACUCCUCAGGAAUCUCUAAUUCUUUCUCUCCCCUUUUCCCUUUCCUUUCUUUCCCUGAAGAGAAACAAUGAGAAAACUGACCUGGGAAAAGCAUACCCUUGGGGUUGGUUGCUAGAAGCAGAUGUUGAAGACAGAGGAAGAGGGAACCCUAGAGUGCUGACUUGCUAAACACCAUGGGUGCUACUCAUCCUUGUGAUAGCACAUCACUAAUAGAUUUUACCAGAGGGGCAGCGACCUUCCUAGACAAUCACCCAAGGUACUCCCGACACAUACCCAAAAGAUCUAGACAUACCAGUCAUUCCCUACACUUUAAAGUUGUCUUCACCCUGUUCCUAAACUAUUUCUUCCCAGCAACCAACUUUACCUCUUCUCCUUCCCCAAAGGAUCUUUGUUCCUCUGAGCCAAGACUGAGGUAAAUAAAGCCAAUUUCCCAUUCAGGCCCUAGUCUGCACCUCUA